GCGGCGGGGGAGACGGUGAAGGUUGCAGUCGGCUCCUCUAGGCUUUAGCCCCCCGUCUCCCCGUCCCCCGGCGGCCAGCCCAUGGCCUGGCGGAGACCCGGACCAUGGACCUCCGCACCGCCGUGUACAACGCCGCUCGCGACGGCAAGCUGCAGCUGCUGCAGAAGCUGCUCAGCGGCCGGAGCCGGGAGGAGCUGGACGAGCUGACGGGUGAGGUGCCCGGCGGGGGGACGCCGCUGCUCAUCGCCGCCCGCUACGGCCAUCUGGACGUGGUCGAGUACCUGGUGGACCGGUGCGGCGCGAGCGUGGAGGCGGGCGGGUCGGUCCACUUCGAUGGCGAGACCAUCGAAGGCGCGCCGCCGCUCUGGGCUGCCUCGGCCGCCGGCCACCUGGACGUGGUGCGGAGCCUGCUGCGCCGCGGGGCCUCGGUGAACCGCACCACGCGCACCAACUCCACGCCCCUGCGCGCCGCCUGCUUCGACGGGCACCUGGAGGUGGUCCGCUACCUGGUGGGUGAGCACCAAGCCGACCUGGAGGUGGCCAACCGGCACGGGCACACGUGCCUCAUGAUCUCCUGUUACAAGGGCCACCGUGAGAUCGCCCGCUACCUGCUGGAGCAGGGUGCGCAGGUGAACCGGCGCAGCGCCAAAGGCAACACAGCUUUGCACGACUGCGCCGAGUCGGGCAGCCUGGAGAUCCUGCAGCUGCUGCUCGGGUGCAACGCCCGCAUGGAACGCGACGGCUACGGCAUGACCCCGCUGCUGGCGGCCAGCGUGACCGGCCACACCAACAUCGUGGAGUACCUCAUCCAGGAGCAGCCUGCCGGGGAGGAGGCACGGCCUGGGCUGGCCCUCGAAGGCCCGGCCGCCAGCCCAGUGUGCAUGCCACCCCAGGGCGCCCACUGCUGCAGCUCCUUCCGGGAGGAACCACUCAGCGGUGAAUCUUACGAAAGUUGUUGCCCCACCAGCCGGGAAGCUGCGGUGGAGGCCUUGGAAUUGUUGGGAGCCACCUAUGUGGAUAAGAAGCGGGACCUGCUUGGGGCCCUGAAACACUGGAGGCGGGCUAUGGAGCUGCGUCACCAGGGGGGUGCCUAUCUGCCCAAGCCAGAGCCCCCGCAGCUGGUCCUGGCCUAUGACUAUUCCAGGGAGGUGAACACGGCGGAGGAAUUGGAAGCGCUCAUAACCGACCCCGAUGAGAUGCGUAUGCAGGCGCUAUUGAUCCGAGAGCGCAUUCUGGGACCUUCUCAUCCGGACACUUCCUACUAUAUCCGGUACAGGGGUGCAGUGUACGCUGACUCUGGCAAUUUUGAGCGCUGCAUCCGUUUGUGGAAGUACGCCCUGGACAUGCAGCAGAACAACCUGGAGCCGCUGAGCCCCAUGACAGCCAGUAGCUUCCUCUCCUUUGCCGAACUCUUCUCUUACGUGCUGCAGGACCGGGCAGCCAAGGGCAACUUGGGCACCCAGGUAGGUUUUGCAGACCUCAUGGGGGUGCUCUGCAAAGGGGUCCGGGAAGUGGAACGCGCCCUCCAGCUACCCAAGGAGCCUGCAGAUUCCACCCAGUUCACCAAGGCCCUGGCCAUCAUUCUCCAUCUGCUCUACCUGUUGGAGAAAGUGGAGUGCACGCCCGAGCAGGAGCACCUGAAGCACCAGACCGUGUACCGGCUGCUGAAGUGCGCCCCCCGAGGCAAGGAUGGCUUCACCCCUUUGCACAUGGCCGUGGACAAGGAGACCACGAACGUGGGCCGUUACCCGGUGGGCAGAUUCCCCUCCCUGCAGGUGGUCAAGGUGCUACUCGACUGCGGGGCUGACCCGGACAGCCGGGACUUUGACAACAACACCCCCCUGCACGUGGCAGCCCAGAACAACUGCCCGGGAAUCAUGAACGCCCUCAUCGAGGCUGGAGCCCACAUGGAUGCCGCCAAUGCCUUCAAGAAAACCGCCUACGAGCUGCUGGAUGAGAAGCUGCUCGCCAAGAGCACCAUUCAGCCCUUCAAUUAUCUCACCCUGCAGUGCCUUGCAGCCCGCGCCCUGGACAAGAACAAGAUCCCCUACAAAGGCUUCAUCCCGGAAGAGCUGGAGGCUUUCAUCGAACUGCACUGACGUUCCCAGGAGGAGAAAGCAGAGGGCGCGGCCAGCGCACACCCUCGCCUCCCUGCUGAGCACUUCUGAGGCGCCAAACUGGAGAAGGGCUGAUCGGCCUCCUCAGCUCCUUCGCCUCUGCGGAGAGGGGGAGGGGUCCGCCAGCUGUUGGUGCUAGAGCCGUCGGGAUCACGUGCUCGGAGAACUCCCAGGAGCCCGCACACGCACCCCUAACGGGAAAGACACAACCUUCCGCACCUGUCCUCUUGGGUGUGGGGGCCUUUGCCUUCUCACCGGGCGUGGAGGGAGCAAAGCCAUUGCCUUCCUGCCCCGCGGGAAACAAGGGCAGAAGCCAGAGUUGGGUCUGGGCUCGGCCCCUCCCGUGGCCAGGCAGAUCCAACCACAAGAUGCAGUGUUAGGACUGGGGACUCCUGAGGUUGGAGAUUCAAGACGCGAGAAGCAAGACCACCCCUCAGUGCCCAGCAGUUGCACUCUGGCCCCGAGGGUGGGUGUCCUGCCCGGGGCGGUCUGCCACCUGCAUAGCUUUCAGUUGCUGCGUGUUCUGUUUUUUCGGCUGGUAGGCAGGUCACGAGCGUUACACAGGAGUCCUGAAGUUUUGCUGCCAUCAUUUUUUUUCCCUUAAAUGGUCAGACUUGAUGAGUUAAUUUCAUGCAGUGAGGGUUUUGCUGUGCCUGAGAUGGCCAAGGCCAUCAAGAGUGAGCUUUCGUGUGUGAGAAGCUUGGUGAGGGGGCUCAGAAGCUAACGUGUUGGUCCCUAGUUGAGGAGUGACUGCAUUUCUUAACGUUUCACUCGAUUGCCUUUGGGUUGGCCCUGCUGACUUCCCGUUCUUGUUAGAGAAGUUGCCUCCGGACAGCGCCAGGCGCGACACCAGUUUCUACAGCAGCAGCUAGCGUGGCCGCCCGGGGUCUGGCUCUUCCAGCUUCUGAGUUGACUGCAGGCCGCGUCGGCCUCAUACACGCCCAGGCUGCCCAAGUGGCUCCGGCUACUUCCGUUAGCUGCCCAAGGACCCAGAUCCAGGUCUUCCCGGGAAAAGCCCAAGCAGCGACCAAGUAGCUCCGUGCAGGUCAACGACGGGCCGGCCGGUGCGGCUCAGCCCUGGCCCUGGCCCUGGCCCCUGGGCAGAAGGGCUGCGCCACAGCCGGCUUCCCUGGGCCUCCCCCGCCUCGUGCGCCGGGCAGCAGGUUAGUCGUGGCCUUACCGGAGGGCAGCGGCUGCCCCCACAGCUCAGGAGAGAGGGCGCCUUGGGGAGCGUCUGACGCCUCGCCUGCAGGAACCCCGGGGUCCUGCCCCUCUGGAAACCAGGUCAAGUGUGGGUUUGCAGUGUUAGUUAGGCUGGGAUUCAUUGGCAAGGCCACGUUUUACCUCCUGCAAGAUGGGGAAAUGCAGUUCCGACCCUCCCGAAGCACGGAAUAAGGCGACGAGGCCGGGACGAUUGCGUUCAGGGCUCCUGCUUGAGUCUUCGAGGGACGGUGGGACGGCGCGGCCUGAGGGCCAGGGCCAGGGUAGGAGGCGGCCGCCCACGUCGAGGUUCCGAAUGACUGUCCGGCCGCCUGCUGUGACUGGAGGAGUUUCUGCUCGCGUGGUGGGGCCUCGUGUAAGGUUUUAUUUGGAAACUGGCGUAUUAACGUUUUAAAAAUAAAAAGGUAAA